GUACAUUUCACGCUCGGCGUGGUGGAGCACUCCAUCAGUUACUGGGAGUUGUCCACUACACUUCGGCUCAACUCCCCGCACCCGAGCGACCGGCCCAUGAUCGUGGAGGUGACAGAUCCCACCGACUUUGCUGACCAUGCCUACUUCCAGCGCAUCUGCAUACCGAACUAUGUGGAUGAGCGAUACGUUGCCAGCCAGACGCGGGCCACUCUCCUCCGUCAGGAGUGGCAGAUCCUCAGCCACUUGCUCACCCAGUCCUACACCCCCAGCCGGGGCUCGGCCGGGUCACCCUCCGGACCCUGUUCUUCAUGCAUGCGAUGGGUCACUCUGAGGACACCAUCGUGAUGGGAUCUGUGCUCACCCGGACAUUCACCAAAGCCUCCGCCAACCAGGAUUGCCACCUUGUCUGUGGCCCGGUGAUCACCGCCCUAGCCCGCUACUACGGGGUCGACAUCACUGGGAUGACCAUGGUCCGAGCACCGACCCCAUUCAGCAAAGCCACCCUCCGCCAUCAGCACAUGCUUGCUCGACAAGGGCGUUUGCAAUGGAUUGUGGGUCUCCCUCGGUCGCCUGCACCUGAACCUGCAGUGGGCGACCAGCCGGAGUCGAGCACAGCUGGGGGGCGCCGGGUUCCCCGCCGUACUGUUCGCCGUGCCCAGACCCCUGCGAGCCCCUCUGCUGCUCCGAGGUCUCCAUCUCACGGGUCUCCGGCUCCCUUGGUCUCCAUUUCUGACCAGUUGGCGGCCAUCGCUCAGCAGAACGAGCGCAUUCUGGCCGGCCAGGAGAGCAUUCACACCCCCCUCGAUCGUGAGCGGGACCGCAGCUGUCAUCUUAUGUCUGGCCAGCACUAUAUCUUGUCGUACCUGGGCUUGGACCCGAACUCAGUCCACUACCCCUUCGUGCAAUCACCGGGGUAUGAGGAUGAGUACCCUCCACCCACCGGCGAUGGUGGCGAUGCGUUCUAGUGGCGAGUGGCUGGUUCUGCACUUCAUUUCUUUUCCAGACUCAGACUCCAUGUUUUUGUUGUUUUGUUUUGUUUUUUUUAUAUUGGAUUGUAGACUUGGAACUCUGGUUCUUUCACCCAGUGUGUGUAUUUUGUUGACUUUAGUUAUGUGCCUUGGACUGGUCCCCCUUCCAGUCCCCUACUAUUGACUGGUCUGCCUUCCAGUCCCCGUUCCUGAUCUCAUUUCACGGUAACAUCGUUCCCCUUCACUCUGCUCCAUUGAGGACACUGUCGCAUUUAAGUGUGGGGGGGGGGGGGGUUCUUUGUAUUCAUUGGAACGUAUAUAUGUGUGCUUGGAGCCUAGUCCGCUAUCCAAAUCUCGAGCUUUGAGGGCUCCAAGUACUGCUGUUUGCUUGAUGUUUGAUCGUAUUGCCACUGUGGAUUUGAUUGUUGAAUCGAAUGGCUUUCGAAUUAAUGCAUGACAACUUGAUAACUAGGUCAGCCUAUAAUGAUGACUGAGAUGUGCAGUAGAACUAUGUAAGGGUUCAGUUUUUCGAAUGUUUGCUUACCAACUGUGACUUGGAUUGAUCACUUGCUCUUGACAGUCAUUUAUGCAUCUAGUUCAGGGAAUCAGAAUGAGAGAUAGAGCAUAUAGGUAGCCAUGUGAGACUUGAGCCUGCUUGUUUCUUUCUUGUGCGAUAGUUUCCUCUUCCAUGAUGUGCAGCAUUCACGUUGUCAUUAGCUAAGAUGAUGGAGGCAUAGGAUUAGCCCACGACCAAAUUGACUGUCCUGAUGUGUCAUACCCCCUUGUCAGCCCUUUGAGCCGUGUGUUAUCCUUUCUUUCGGUCUACGAUGAAAAUCACCCCUUUGCAUCUUUUAGAAGGUUCCACAGAGUGGUUUUUUCAUGUUCUCUGUUGUUUCUGCUAAAUAUAUUGUGAGGGUUGGAGGUAGUUCUUAAAAAAUAAAAAAGGGCAUGUGUUUGCAAAAUGUGCAUAGGUGGUAGUUCUCUCAAGAAAUGGAAAAAAAAUGAAUGAAAGCAAAAGAGAGCCACCACCACAAAAUCUGAAUAGCGCCCAUUGAGUAGUGUUUCUUAGCAGUGUGGCUUGGAACUACUAACAUUUAUGUGACCUCCUUUGCUCUUGUGCUCUAAAGAAUGUGAGUAAUGCAGAAGGGCAGAAACAAAGAGUGGUUUGAUUGACUGUGAGUGUGUUGGGUUUGGAAUUGUGGAACCUUGUGCUAUGAAUACUUCCACCACCUAAAAGGCUUUUCCCCAUGUCCAAGACCCUAGCCAGUCAUUUGAACCUGUGUCUAAGACCUCGGAUUAGUUAGUGGUGACACCCCAUAUGUGAACUCUAGCAGUUAGAGGCUGCCUACAUGGUGAAGAGACGUUAGGGAUUGAGAGAAUAAGCAUGCGCAUUUUUCGCAUCAAAUUGUCCUGACCCCACUGGUCGAGAGUGAGCGAUUCAUUUUCUCAUAUUCUCUAUACUCUUUAUCCCGGUGAGGACCUAGAUUGCUCGGUCUUAAUUCUGAUAUCUUGAGCUUUAUGCAUGAAGUGACUGUCUUAAAUGAGUGGUUGAGUCAAGUCUAUGUUGGUUGGUGAACAGAAGGGAGACUCUUCCUUUGCUCGACUUUGCUGCACUCGAAUGUCAUUUGUGGUGGUUGUCUAGGUUGUCGUUGAGGUUGUCCAUGUGUUAAUGAUCAAAAGCUAGUAUGAUUCACCUGUUUUGUGCCGAUAUGACAUGCCCUAAUGCCUGCUUGAUUAAAACGUUUUGCGCUUA